GAGACGUCUAAGACUAUACAUGUUCCGGUGUGAUGCGUGAACUUGAUCAUUUGAGAACUCCCUUAUUCCACCCGAUAUCAUGAUCAUCAGGGUCGUAUCCGUUCGAUUCUGACAUCGCAAGGCUAAACCCGCUACAGGUCUCUCUCUGUUUUGGCCCCUACUUAGUGUGACCCAAUUUCCACAGGAUCAUUUACUACUUCCUUCAGUGGUGCACUUUUCCCAGCAUAUCUUCCGACUGUAACAUUCCUAACCUGCCAAGUAUCUGAUUUUCAUAACGCAACAUCCAAAGAACCGCUCGCGCUCUCCGACCAAAUGGAUGAGGCUAGUUCAUUUGGAUGGGCCCUCCGCAAGAAUGGCUCCUGUCUGGAGCAGGAAGUCGACUGUGGUCCCACUGUACCCCCUUUCCGAAACUGCUGCCCCAAGGGCUCGUAUUGCCCGCAUGCGAACAACGUUGCGUGCUGUCCAUCCAAGGAGUUCUGCGAUGAUGCGCUGAACGCAAAACCCCACUGCGCGAACAGUACUUGGGAUCUUUAUAUAAACGGUGGCUAUUUCUGCUGCUUGCAAGGCACCACGGGUUUUGCGAAAGAUGGUGGCUCCAAUGGCUGCGGUGCCCCCGACUAUCACUUGAAAUCUACCGAGACCUCUUUGGCUAUCAUCGCUUCGGCCUCAGGUAUGUAGUGCGCUUCCAUCUAGGUGGCUUCGCGAUACGUUAAGGUGAAUCGGCUAACAUCCGGCCUGUAGCGACACAUUCUACCUCUUCUACACCAACAUCGGUAGCGACGACAACGACGCCAUCUAUAACAUCCACAGCUACGGACCCUUCGCAGCCCACAAAUGCAGCAUCAAGUAGCGCAAACAAAGGAGCCAUUGCAGGCGGAGUUGUCGGUGGCGUUGCUGGAGUAGCUAUCAUCGCCGCCUUAUUGUGGUUCUUCCUGAUCCGAUCGCGACGCCAACGAUCGCAACCCCAGCCAUUGAUUACGGCCGGGGAACCUUUCAAGCAGCCUCCAAUACCAGCAGAGCUCGACGGAAACCAUGUGGCGGAGCUGGAGAGUCGCGCAGAUCAGCCGGUGGCAGAACUACCUGCCCACUAUCGAUGAGACCCUUUUAUAACGUAAUGAUUUGGCAAUCAGCGUGAUGAAUAUAUAUUUAAUCUUAACACGCGUCAAGAUGGUAUGCUUGGGUCUGAGUUCCAGAGGAGAUACCCUUGUCGUUGUUGGAACGGUCAAUUAAGCUUAGAAUCAGGCAUCCACCAG